UUCGUUCCCACCUCCCACCGGACGCAACCACCGCUUCGGAUUCGCCGGCCACCGUACCGCCCUCCUCGCCAUUCACGGGAACCAACCGUGGAGAGAGGUCGGCGUAAAUGCUUCCAGCCGCCGGGUAGCGCGUUGCGAAUGGUGCUGCCUGUGGGGCUCGCUGCUGCUUGGGGAUCUGAGCUGUUGCUGUGGCGGCGGUGACCGGUGGCGACGGGCGCCGGCGAUGGCGAUAUCAGCGAAGGAGAGGAAGCUGAGCAGGCUCGGGAGUUGCAAAGGUGGUGCGGUAGGAGGCGGCGGGGGUUCCCCUGCCGCGAGGGGUCACCGGGCGUCGGCGGCGGCGGGGCCGCAGCAGCGGCUGUUCGCGGCGCUCUUCGCGUUCCUGUGCGCCGGCGUGGUCGUCCUCGGCGGCGUGCACGUCAUUGGAGGUGCUGAUGUUCUUGUCUCUGACGCAGCAUCGUUCCGGCCGGUGCUCAGGACGGCUUGGCCGUCGGCCACCCUGAACGCCAUCUCGUCUGAUGCCGGAAAGCAGCAAGCUGGCGGCGGUGCCGGCAGCGUGCUGCCGUCCGUCCAAAUCAGGCACGCAGUUGCCUUGCCGGACCAGGUUCUCCUAAUCCUCAGGGACGGAUCGGUGCUGCCAGCUCCUGACCAGUUCGAGUGCCUGUACUCCCCUUUCAACUCCUCGGAGCUCCGCCGCCUGCCCCUCUCGGCCGCCUCCUUGUCGGAUGGACCCAGCCUCGUCCAUUGCCCUGCCGGGCCGUCUGGUGUGGCUGUAUCGCUUUCACUGUCCCUGUCACCUCCGGCGGCGCCGCUGCAAUGGGACCGGCUGGUGUACACCGCACUUAUUGACAGCCGGGACAACACCACCGUUGUGUUCGCCAAGGGGAUGAACCUCCGGCCAGGACGUUUGGGUGUGGCGUCGCGGUAUGAGUGCGUCUUUGGCCGGGACCUGUCGAAGCCGAAGCAUGUGCUCACCUCCCCUGUGAUUUCUGCUGCACAGGAGAUAUUCCGGUGUGUGACACCAGCUCGUAUUCGCCGGUACCUCAGGAUGACAACUGAUGCCAACAACAAUGGAGGCAGUGAUGACAAGCCUAUGUUGGCCUCAAUCAGGACCAAGGGCCGGGGGAGCUCCACGCUUCCCUCAAUCGCCCAACCUGAGCCACUCCCUCGGUAUAACAGGCAUCGCCGGCAAAAGGCACACUCAAUGUGUGUAUGCACUAUGCUGCGCAACCAAGCACGGUUCCUCCGAGAAUGGAUCGUCUACCACUCACAUAUUGGCGUGCAGCGAUGGUUCAUCUACGACAACAACAGUGACGAUGGCCUUGAGCAGGUCCUCAAUACCAUGGAUCCAUCAAGGUACAAUGUGACGCGCUAUCUGUGGCCAUGGAUUAAGUCUCAGGAGGCUGGAUUUGCACAUUGUGCUCUCAGGGCCCGGGAGAGCUGUGAGUGGGUAGGGUUCAUCGACAUUGACGAGUUCUUGCACUUCCCUGCCAACCAGACUCUACAAGAUGUCCUCCGGAACUACUCAAACAGGCCGCGGAUCGGUGAGCUCAGGACUGCAUGCCACAGCUUUGGUCCAUCAGGUCGAACUAAAAUUCCCAAGAAAGGCGUUACAACAAGCUACACCUGCCGGCUGGCUGCGCCGGAGCGCCACAAGUCAAUUAUCAGGCCGGACACACUAAACCCAUCACUCAUCAAUGUGGUGCACCACUUCCAUCUGAAAGAAGGGGUGAGGUAUGUGAACAUUGGUCAGGGAGUGAUGCUGAUCAACCACUACAAGUACCAAGUCUGGGAGGUGUUCAAGGAUAAAUUCUCUGGACGAGUCGCGACCUAUGUUGCUGAUUGGCAGGAUGAGGAGAAUGUUGGAUCCAGGGACAGGGCACCAGGGCUAGGGACCAAGCCGGUGGAACCGGAGGAUUGGCCACGUCGGUUCUGUGAAGUAUUCGAUACUGGUCUUAAAGAUUUUGUGCAUAAAGUAUUCACAGAUCCAGACACUGGAAGUCUUCCAUGGUAAAUGGGUAAACAUUGUAUUUGAUCUGGCACGGCACACAAUACAUGACAGGGAGACAGACAGACAGGGAAAGAAGACACAGAAAUUAGGUAGAAGAGUGAUUUGCUCGUUGGUAAAUUUUAGACAUAAGGAUUUCACUGUUCUUAUUUCUUUUUAGAAUCAUCCAUUUUUUGACAUGUCUAAGAGGGACAUGAUUCUUUUGUAGAUACAGAUAGGUACCACGCUCACUGUAAGUUUCGUUGGUGAAAGAGGGAAUGCGUAGGAUGACUACUAGACUCAA